AUGGCCCAUAAGCAGCGUCCUUCGAGAGACGCAGGGCGACGACUAAAAGCGUCCGUUUGGAGACGUAGCUCGCAAAGAAGCGUCCUAAGGAAGACGCAGGUUGCCCAUAAGGAGCGUCGUAAGGGAGACAUAGGGCAACGACUAAAAGCGUCUGUUUGGAGACGCAGCCCACUAAAAAAGCGUCCUAAGGGAGACGCAGGGUGCACCAGGAAUUUCUUAAAAGGAGGUCUCCAUGCCUCUUGCGGGAAGUAUCCAGUUGCCCAUAAGGAGCGUCCUAAGGGAGACGCAGGGUGCGCCAGGAAUUUCUUAAAAGGAGGUCUCCAUGCCUCCUACGGGAAGUAUCCAGGUUCCUAUCCGUUUCCUAAGGGAGGCAUGAUAGUCACACAGUUGCCCAUAAGCAGCAUCCUUCAGGAGACGCAGAGCGACGAUCAAGCCAUCCUACGGGAUAUGCAGAACACGCCCGGAGCCCUUUAA